CAACUGCCAAAUUAGAUUAGCAACACAAUGACAGACUUUAUCGAAGAAAUCAAAGAUUCUUUCACUCUUUUAACUUGCACUACAAAAGGUAGUAAAGAUAUCACUUUUACAAUAGUAUUAAACUAAUUUGUACUACAAUCAUAGCAUUAAACUAAUCCUUCCUUGUUAGAAAUCUAUCUCAUUAUCAUCCUCUCCUAUCUCCACUUCCACUUUUGCAAACCCUAACUCAUAAGCCUUCAAAAUGGCAGCCCAAACUCUAAACAUUCAUCCCCUCCACUCUUUCACUCAGGCCUUCAGAUCCAAGACCUUCAAGCCACAAACAAUUAGAUACAGAAAGACUACCACUUUUACCAUCACUGCAACACUGCGAGCUGCAGUAAUAGGCGGCGGCCCAGCGGGGUCAUCUGCUGCGGAAGCUCUGGCCUCCGGCGGCAUUGAAACAUUCAUCUUCGAACGCAGCCCCGAAGCAGCAAAGCCCUGUGGAGGCGCCAUACCUCUGUGCAUGCUUGAUGAAUUCUCCAUCCCCUCUGACCUAAUUGACCGCAAAGUCACCCAAAUGAAGAUCAUCUCGCCCUCGAAUCUCACCGUCGAUUUCGGGAAAACGCUCAAGCCCAAUGAAUUCAUCUCCAUGGUCCGCCGCGAAGUGCUAGACAAUUUCCUCCGACGCCGGGCCGCGGACUGCGGCGCCACACUCAUCAAAGCCCUAGUGACAGGCAUAGACCUACCCAUAUCGGAGAAGUCCCCUUACAUAAUCCACUACAUCUCCAACAACACCCACAAUUCCCUCGCCGUCGACGUCAUAAUCGGAGCAGACGGCGCCAACAGCAAGGUGGCGAAGUCAAUCGACGCCGGAAGCUACACCUGCGCCAUCGCAUUCCAAGAGAGAAUCAAAUUGCCGGAAGAGAAAAUGAAAUACUACGAAAACCUAGCAGAGAUGUACAUCGGGAGCGACGUCUCCCCCGAUUUCUACGCGUGGGUUUUCCCCAAAUGCGACCACGUGGCAGUGGGGACGGGCACGAUUUCAUCUAAGCAGAACAUCAAACAGCUUCAAGGCGCAAUCAGAAACCGAGUGAAACACAAAAUCGAAGGCGGGGAGAUCGUGAAAGUGGAAGCCCACCCCAUCCCGGAGCACCCGCGGCCAGUCAGAGUCCGCGGACGGGUGGCCCUGGUCGGGGACGCGGCCGGGUACGUGACGAAGUGCUCCGGCGAGGGGAUAUACUUCGCGGCGAAGAGCGGGAGAAUGUGCGGCGAGGGGAUCGUGCGGGCGUCGGAGAACGGGAGGAGGGGGAUCGGGGAGGGAGAUCUGAGGAGGGAGUAUCUGCGGAAGUGGGACGACGAGUUCUUCAUGACGUUCAAAUUCUUGGACGUGUUGCAGCGGGUGUUCUACGGGAGCAACGCCGGGUUGGAGGCGCUGGUGGAGCUGUGCGGGAAGGAGUACGUGCAGCGGAUGACGUUCCAGAGUUAUCUGUACAAGAAACUCGCCAAGGGGAAGGCGGCGGAGGAUGUGAAGAUGGCGGCGGCGACACUUGGGAGCUUGAUUCGCUGUAAUAUUGUUGGGAGGGAGAUGCUCCAUUUCAAAAGCUAGUCUUUUUUUAAGUCAAAAAUAGAUUUUUCUUAUUUGUAUCACAACUUCGAAUUUCACAUAUUUAUAA